CAAGCAGAAGACGGCAUACGAUUACUGUGUGUACUGGGGCUUGAUCGAUUUGGAGAUUUCGUGUCUGAUCAAGUUGUUGCGCCGGUACGAGAGACGUGUGCUCAAGCGUUAGGGUCGCUCGUCCUACUAAUACCCGGAGGUCCAAAUGCCAAAGAUAUGAACGUUUUUCCCGGAAUACUUUCUAUAGUUCUCAAACUAUUGGAAUAUAACGAAUGGGAAGCGAGACACGGUGCAUUUCUUGCUUUAAAAUAUUUAUUGGCCGUGCGAGACGAUCUGUUGGACGAGGUAUUGCCAAAAGUGUUUCCCGCUAUUAUGCAAGGACUGUCCGAUCCUGUCGACGAUGUAGGCGCGGCCGCCGCAAGUGCACUUAUUCCAGUGGCACAUGCUCUUCCACGAUUAUUAAAACCAACAGAGCUGGAAGCGAUCGUAAUACGUCUUUGGCAAUUGUUGAAAGAACAAGAUGACUUGGCUGCAGCUUGCAACACUUUUAUGGGCCUCUUGGCUGCGAUACUUU